AUGCCUCUCGAGUCACUGCUCACGAACCCCAACCCGCCAGUGCCUAGGCCUCGUUCCAUACUGUCCUAUUUGUCCAAUCCUUUAGGGAAGCAUGCUCGAAACAUGUUUGAUAUCGCUAUUGAACCCGAAGAUCCGUUCAAAGUCUACUCGCCGGGUCAGAUCGUUAAGGGCAAUGUGAUUCUCACUGUCUUCAAGGGUUUCGACAUCACCCAUUUGGUUGUGGAUCUGCAUGGAUAUGCGAAGGUUUAUAAACACCAAAUACCCCCGGGCGAAGGUCUUCCGGCACCUGAGAGUUUGAUAAAUGGCAAGGGUUCAAGAGGGGUGCAAUAUCAUGGCAACGGUCUGGUGUCAUUAUUCCAGCAUGAGCAGGUUCUCUGUGGCAGUGGCUUCCUCAAGAAACAAGUCUACAAGUUUGCGUUCGAAGUCCCUUUUCCUUCAAGAGGCCUUCCCAGCACAAUCGAUUUCGAACGAGGAACAAUAUCUUAUUUAGUUACUGCCACUCUCACCCGCCCAACGACAAUUAGCCCUGUCACCACUCGGAGUACCAAAAUCAAGUUUCAAGAUUUGAUCGAUAUCGAGCACAUGUACACACCGAAAUCGCGGGUAAUCACUUUGGAGCCCGUCUCUAAACGUGGCAAAGUCAAAGUCGUCAAACCGGCGUCGUCCCUAACCACCCAGACGACAUCAAGUCCUGGCGCUGGCCCUUUGAGCCGAAAUAAUACUCAACACAGCACGAACAGCCGGAGUACCCAGUCCAUCGGCAAUCCUCCGCUGAGCCCCGCGCCAAGUGAGGAAACGAUGCAGACAAAUGCGACUCCGGUAAGUAGCCCAAGCUUUCAGAUCGCGGACGACGUAUCACCUCCACAAAAUCCAAGUCCGCAGAACAGCGAUGCUAGAAGUAACACGACCUCCUCCUCCUCCGCCAAUACUAUUACCGCUACCACCGAGCUUCCGCGGCAUGGAGCGCUGCCCGGGGACACAAUCCCGAUCAGAGUGUCCAUAGCACAUACCAAGGCAGAUGUGCGAGGGAUGGUUAUUGCGACCUUAUACCGCCAGUGCAGAAUUGACAUGCAUCCUCCACUUCCACUUCCGAACAGAUCAGGCAAGGAUAAGAAGAUGGAAUACGAAGACGUCUAUCCGAAGUCCCGGACAGGCCUUGGAGGACUGUACUUUUCGGCAGCUUCGCCCAACAGUGUUUUCCGAAAAGACCUCGCUCAGACGUCCACGAUGAUGAUUGUCAACCCGGCGACGAUGACUGCCGAUAUAACAACAUCUAUUAAAGUCCCUGACAAUGCUUUUCCAACCAUUGCCAACGUUCCGGGCGAUAUGAUAUCCUUCACCUACCAUGUCGAAGUGGUAGUCGAUCUCUUUGGAAAGAUCGGGGAGACUCGGCUGUGGCCAAGGCUCACCUCCAGCGAGCCAACAUUUUCUCAGAGUUCUGAUGCCGGCAAUCAAAUAACUUCAGAGUGGUCUCUCCAUAUCUUAGACACAGCCCCAUUACGUCGGACUAAAAGCGUCGUCUCAUUCGAAAUGUCGCUUGUGGUUGGCACCCAGGACAGCAGUAGGAAAAGGCGACAGAACAAGCAAGUAGAGUAUCAACAUUCUAGAGAUACGACCCAAGAAUCGGAGCAAGGCUGGCAGGAUUGGCAAUAUUAUAAUGAGGCUUACGAUGGACAGUAUUACGAUGAAGCGGGAUACCCUUAUUACGAUGGCUAUGGACAUGACUAUGGUUACGAUCAGAAUUCCCAAGCUUUUUAUCCUACUCCGGCACCCGAGACGAUACCUCCUCCUGCGCCGGAAGAAGAGGUCGACGAGAAAACACGGCUACGGAGACAAGAGCAAUUGUUGUUCCCAAGCGAGCCUCCACUGGAAGGGGAAAGUUCCAACAGCCCAUUGCGGUAUGCACCAACCGCCCCGAAUCUGACCUCAAACCCUCUACCAAAUGACGGAAGCAUGACACCUUCAACGCUGCAUGCUCCUGGUUCAGUCGCAUCGGCAAGAUCUGGGGAUACCAUCCGACCCUACUCAACAUCCCCACCUCCACCCCCUUCUUCAACUAGCGGUGCCGGACAUACUGAUGACAAGCAAGAAUUGGAACGACGUCGACUUCUGGCGCAGACAAGUGGGCCGCCAUCAGAGGAAGAGGCGCACGUGGCAGGGGCCGCCGCCGUUAACUCUCUAGCACCAACGGCACCCAUGAUGGACGACGAGUACAGUGUACAGAUACUGAAUCAUGAUCAUACGGGGCCGGAGCUGCCACAGUACGAGCGUUGA